GCAAGAUUUAUCCCCCUCCCCUUCCGUUUGGUUGUAUUCUGUCUUCCGAAUACCUCGGUGAUAGUGUUGCACAUGUUAUUUCGUUUUAGUGCAACACGAUGGCCACACAACGUGCACUUCCCCAGAGUAAAGAGGCGCUACUGAAAUCAUACACAACGAGGUUAAAAGACGAUGUAAAAUCCAUGCUGGAAAACUUUGAAGAGAUAAUUAAACUCGCAAAAGGUGAAAAUGACUCUCAACUAUCUCGAAUGACGCAAUGUGAACAAGAUACAUAUGAAAUGCAUGUCAGAGCAGCUAAUAUUGUGCGUGCUGGCGAAUCAUUAAUGAAACUAGUUUCUGACAUAAAGCAAUAUUUAAUCCUCAAUGAUUUUCCUUCUGUAAACGACGCCAUAAUACAAAACGGCAAAUUAUUUAGGACUAAGCAAGUAGAAUGUGAUCAAAAACUGGCUUCCCUGAGGGACGACAUGGCAGCGGAUUUAUAUGAUUUGGAAGAGGAAUAUUAUACCUCAAUAUACAAAUAACAUUAGUUUAACGUUAGUUUAAGUUGAAGCUUAAUUUAACGCUAGUCCUGUAAUAUAUGUAAGACUGUUUUCUAAUUUGAAUUACAAAAUAUGAUUCAUUCAUUCAACUUGUACAUUGUCCGUUUAUUUAAAUAAAUAGGAUUAAAUUUGUA